UUGGCCAAAUCAGCCGCGCAUUCCGUUUCAGUUCCUGUACGGCGUUGCACGCUAACGGUAUCCCAAGCCGGAUCGCAGAUUACGGUUGUCUUUCAUUUGGCGGCGGUCGCCGGAGCGCGAACAACAAGUGACAGUUUCGAAUUUAAAAACGGUUGCGAAUAGUGUUUGAAAGAAAUAAACAGGAAUUUCUUACGAUCAAUUCAAAUUUAAACUGUGUCCAACGUGGCGUAUACGUAAUAAUUGUAUCGGUCAUCAAAACCCAUUAAAAAAUUGUGACUUGGCAGAAAAACUGGGACGGAUUGUUUCACAAACUUCCGGCAAUUUUGUGCCAUAAAAUGUUUGCCACCAAUAUCCGCCGCUUGCUUGUCGCUGAAAUUGACGUUGCCGCUGGCCCUUCUGAGUCCUGAGCUCCUUUGACUGCUCGUGCUCUCUAGCAGCUGCUCACCGAUUUUAUUUCCGGUUCUGCCGUUUCCGCCCUUUUACAUUUGCAAUUCGAAUUGGCGCGGUAGGGCUUUUAAAGUCCUUUUUUGGUUUUCUUUCGUUGCAUAUGCGUGGGCUAAUUAGCAUGCGGCGGCUUUUCCAGCAACAUCAACAUCGACAGCAACAGCAACUGCGAGAGAAAUUGCAGCAACAAAACGACAAGUAGAGCACAUACAAUAGGAAUAAUAACCCGGAAUGGAAGAGGAUGUGUAUGCAUCGAUAGGUUCCUACAACGACAGCAGCGGUGGCGACGGCAGCUGGGCCAGUUCGGAGCAGCUGCUCUUAUGGGACGCGGACACAGAGGACGAGCGGUCAAUCGGAAAUAGCAGCCAUCAGCAUAAUCAACUCUUUCUAAAGGGUGGAUUAGUAGGAGGAGUAGGAGGUGGAGUCACCGGUGUUGGAUGGAAUGUAAGCAAUGCCACAGGGUCAUGGCCCACUGAUGAUCCUUUCGAGGCGAAUAACUACUGGGCCCUGUUGGCCCUCGUCCUGGUCCUGGGAACAGCGGCUGGUAAUAUCCUUGUCUGCCUGGCCAUCGCCUGGGAGCGCCGAUUGCAGAAUGUGACCAACUACUUCCUCAUGUCCCUGGCCAUCACGGAUCUGAUGGUUGCUGUUCUGGUAAUGCCGUUGGGCAUCCUUACGCUGGUGAAAGGCUACUUCCCCUUGGGAUCCGAACAUUGCCUCACCUGGAUCUGCCUGGAUGUCCUUUUUUGCACCGCCAGCAUCAUGCACCUGUGCACCAUCUCCGUGGACCGUUAUUUAUCGCUCCGCUACCCGAUGAGAUUUGGCCGGAAUAAGACCCGUCGCCGGGUGACUCUUAAAAUUGUUUUCGUUUGGCUUCUUAGCAUCGCCAUGAGCCUGCCAUUGAGCUUGAUGUAUUCCAAGAAUCACGCCUCGGUGCUAGUGAAUGGAACUUGCCAGAUACCGGAUCCGGUCUACAAGCUGGUCGGCUCCAUUGUGUGCUUCUACAUUCCGCUGGGUGUAAUGCUGCUGACAUAUUGCCUGACCGUCCGCCUCCUGGCUCGACAGCGUCAGAACCUUGGUGGAGGACAGCAGACGGCCGCCGCCACUCCCGGAUGGGCCAGUGGGUGGCUGGGACAGACUCCAGCUUUAGAACGCCGAUGCACCUGGCGCCGCUUGCUUAAACCGGGUCCGGGCCACGCCUCCUCCGUGUUGCAUGCGCACUCGGCCAACUCAACGGACACCGACCUGAGUACCUUGGACAAUCACGAACUCUGGCUACCAGACUCCAGCAUCAAGGAGCCCACGCCGACGACAAUGACGGCAUUGCAUCAGUUCGGAGCCGAGAUGUUGAAGCUCUCCCGCGGUCUCGAAUCAGUGGCCUCCUCCUCCACCACCGGGUCACCCACCAAAUCGGAAUUAUCCAUCUCGAACCACCUACAGUUUCCUUGCAGCCCGCAACGGUAUGCCACCCAUCUGCAGCAGCAACAAGGACAUCAUUCGCAUCACCUGCAAAAUCCGCAGCAGCAGCAGGGAGCCUACCACCAGCAGACCUCGCCCAAGGGACGCCAGGGAACCGCAACUUCUGGGCUGGGAUUGUCCACCACUACGCUAGGCAUCGAACGGGAGAGCACUCGGAACUCCUUGGCGAGCAGCCGCAUGGGUGGCGAGCAGAGUGAUGGAACUCUAUCACAACUGUCCCAGCGAUUACGGGCUUACAAGAAACGCCGGAGGGCUUCGUCGGCGGUUCCAGGACGCGACCGUCGCUCCGGCCACGAGGAUGCUGACGAGGAUCUUGGCACACCAACAUCCACACUGCGGCGCCACAAGCGGCACAACAGUUUGCCCAAAAACGCCCUAUUUCCGCGUCACAACAACACCGUUCCGGAGGACCUAGGCAACGGUGACAUUGAAGACGGGAACGAGGGAGCUAGUACGGAGGAACCACGACGGCGUAAAUCCACAACUAUAGCCAUGGGCUGUCAUUCAGACACCGAACUGGAUCCACCACAAAACCAAAAGCAGUGCCACAUCAACGGCCAGAACCACCAAUCGGACUACCUGCAAUUGCCCUCCGUGUGCACCUGCCCGUAUUUUGGGGACAGGCCGCUACAGAAUUGCGUUAAGACCGCUGAGGUGAAGAUAAUCUCAUCCGCCUUCCGGGUGACCAGCACCACCGUGACCACCACCGCCACGGCGGUUUGCAGCUCACCCAGUGAAAUGGAGUUGCUCUUGUGCUCCAGUGCAGGGCAAAAGAAGUCACUAACCUCCAGUGUGAGUGCAGGUGGAGGUGGGUGUGCCGGACCGGGAGUGCCGCCGGCUACUGGAGGCUCCACUCUGAGCCCCCACUCCGCUCAUCAUCAAGGCAGCUCUCUUACGGUCCAGAGCGAUGGCAGCGGCUACCUGGCAGCACCGGGAACACCCUGUCCAGGUCGACGAAAGCUGAGCAUCUCCAAGACGGCCUCGGUGGUCACUUGGGACUCCAGUCGCCAUCGGCGGCGUGGAAGCAGCUUCGGGGGCGUUCGGACUUCCCUGCUCCUGACACCCACCAAGACAGCUGCAGCAUCCUCCACCUCCUCCACGCCACUGCGACGAUCGGCCACUCUGCGGAGUCACCAGAACAUGAACUACCACCAGACUGGUGGGGCCGGAGGCGGAGAGUGUGGUGGCGGUAAGAACAGGACCACCACAUCGUCGCCGUGCAUGUUGCAACGCCAACAGACAGUGCGCUCCCAUCACUCCCGCAACUCGAGUGUGAUUUCCAGGAAUUCUUCUCGACACGGCAGGAUCAUCCGACUGGAGCAGAAAGCCACCAAGGUGCUCGGCGUGGUCUUUUUCACAUUUGUGAUUUUGUGGUCGCCCUUCUUCGUCCUGAAUCUCCUGCCAACCGUGUGUGCGGAGUGCGAGGAGCGAAUCAGCCACUGGGUAUUCGAUGUGGUCACUUGGCUGGGCUACGCCAGUUCCAUGGUGAACCCCAUUUUCUACACAAUUUUCAACAAAGUGUUUCGUCAGGCCUUCAAGAAGGUACUUCUGUGCCGCUAUUCCAGCACAAGUGCCUGGCGUCCGAGCAGGUAGCAGACACCGGUGAAGCCCGGCAAGCUCAAGUCGAAUCCGCAAAAGUGUCCUAGUGUGGAGUUUCAGGAAUCCACGGCAGGGCGCAGUUAUCGGACUGACCGUGGGGUCCUCAAAAGAAGCGUGGCUGUGCAAGGCAGCAGAUAAAUUUUUUUUUAGAGGGUUAGAAGGAUAAGGGAGUAAGGGUAAUUGGUCAGGUCAUCUCUCUGCGGUCCACCGCACAACGUGUCGUAUACGCAAUCUCCGGAUAAGGGCCACCACACUGACUGUCCUCGGGGCUUAAGCUCUUAUGUGCCUCUAAUUAAUUUCAAAUUCAAUUUGCAUGCCAUUGAAAACCCACGACCCAGCGAGGGCAGAUGGAAACCCUAUACACAUAUGUAUGUAUGCACGUAGCUUCUCCAGUUCUCCUGGAACUGAGAUUAGAUAUCCCCCAAACCGCAUCGAGAAAUGCUUCGUGAAAUUGCGAUGGUCCUUGGAAAUCAGCAAACUCAAUUCUGUGCAAUUAAUAUGGGAUUAUAUGGUUUGGAUAACACAGUUCCAGAAAUCACAAGAGUGAUUGGGUGAAAUAUGAAGCUUGGGUGAAAUAUGAGAAUUUUUCGAUGGCAAUGUCACUUUGUGAAUUCCAAUCGAUAAACACUGUUUUGUUUGGCAUUUCGUAAUUAUGCAUUAAAUUUAUGGGAAAUUUUCCACCCGCAAAAUGCACAAAGAAUUUCAUUGGCGGCCAUUACAGUAACCGACACGUACACAAAUCCACGGCAAUUUGUGACUUUUGUUGUUUGUUCGUGUGGUUUUCAGUUCCUGACUCCUGGCCGUAUUCCUUGCUCUUGGACCGGCCAGAUUGCUAUUUUUAUUUGAAAAGUUCAUUCAUUUUGGUUGAUUUUAUUUUUUGUUUCUCCGGGCAAAUGAAAAAUUUCAGCUGGUCACGUAAGCAUUUGACGGAGAAGGCUCCCGGAGGCGGUCAGGAGGAUGUGAGGAUGUUUGGGGGGGCGAUGUGUUUAGCCAAAGGACCUGGAGCAGCUGCUUAAAAGACAUCAAACAACAAGAGGGCCAAGACCAAGACCAAAAACAAGAACCCAACUGUAAUAACGAAAGCCAGAUGAAAGUUUUCAAUGUUAGCCGGAAAGUUUAAAGCCGUAAGAGUUUGUGGUUCGGGGGCCAAAAAUGAUAGGUAAUGACGCCAUUAGUGGCAGCCACUCAAAAAGCCUGUCUCGAUGACACCUCACAAUAGCAACAACAACAACAACAUCAACAAUGACAACGGAGAAAAUUUGUUGGUACCAUUUUUGCUGACAAAUUUUUUAGCGCCUGCGAGCCAGCAGGAGGUCGAUCCUGCGAUACUCCGAAACAGACAUGAGGAAGCCCUUGUGGCACUUGAAAAUUUAUGGCAAUUUUAUCGCCAGCGGAAAUAUUUUUUCCACUUCAUUGAAUCCCUCGCAAAAAAAAAGCAGAGGGGAAAAAAGAGAGGCAGGUCGCGGCUAGAUCGCAAAGUGUCGCACUCGGGGAACUUCAUUGAACUUUAAUGGCAGGCCGACGGGCAAACAACAAAGGCCGUCAAAGGACCCCACAUCCGUUUCCUCAAACACUUCUGCAACAUAUGCUCGAUUUAAAGGGCGAAAGAACUGACAAAUUGUUCGGGCCUCACUAGCUGGGAUACCCUGGAAAAGUCAAAAGCUUUUACAAAAAUAUUUCCACACUUUCUAUAAACUUUCCUUUUUACUAGUUUUAUUCAUAAAAUUAACCUAAUAAAUAUGAUAAACUUUUUUGAUAAUAGAAAAUACUCAACACACUAGAAGUUACAUUCAAACAAAUAUUGUGUAAAGCACACAAGAGUAUUUAGCAAAUAAAAGUUAAAACGAAUUUAAAAAAACAACUCACGGCUUAAUAUAGAUGCAUAUAUAUUAAUAUUAGAUGCAUUAAGGGCGCCUACCUAUAACGUGAAGCCACUAAGAUUAACUUAAGUGUAAAUUGUAGAUUGAUUAUUGAUUUUUGAAUCAAAUCAAGAAGGGGAGCAUUGUUGCAAAACGCUUUUACCAGUAGCCCUAGAUGUAACGACUUGCAUUUUUCAAAUGCAAUUUCCAACUGUAAACUGAUCUAUCGAAUAAGUAACUAUCCUGUAAAUAUUUCCACCAAACCAAACUACAAUAACACCCUUGGGGCAAUCAAGAUGUGUAUUAUGUGUGCUUAGACUAAGAAAUAGUUUAAAUUAAAAGCCUAGCCCUAAAUAAAAACACAGCUUAAUCGAGAUAAUGUUUUGUGAUUCGUUACCAGAUGUAUGUGACCCAUUAAAAGUACUCUCCCACUUCCCAAAAGAAAACUCACACAAUCAUAAGGUUUCCAUGCUGGAUAUUAGAUCUGGCGAGAAACUUUCGAAUUUGUGACAGAAUUUAAGAAAACCAAUUGUGAAUUUAUUACAGUUGAUAAGUUCAAAAUAUUCAAAUAGCCCAAAAUUGACAUAUCCCCCCUAUGAAUGUGUAUUUUAUGGUAGUCAUAGCGAGUCCUAUAGUCCUUCCUAAGCUAAGUCAAAGACACUGAACCGUAGAUAAUGAAAUAUGUGAAACAUAUUAGCUAUAAUGUAUUAUGAUUUGUACAAAACGUUUUCUGAUUGUAUUUGAUUUGUAUUAAAUGUGCAUUACACCAAUU